AUGCCGCCGAAGCGCAAAGCACAGUCUAUAGGCAUCGAAAGACGCGUGCGACUCCGGCGCGAGGAAGAAUUGGUGCCUGAGGCGCAGGAAGAAGCUCAGAGCGAUGGACCUGAAUCGUCAGAGAGCGACGCCGACGAGAAUGCUACUGCUGCGCAACGGAACUCGGAGUCUGGCUCAGAGUCUGAGGAAGACGAACCCGAACCAGGAGCGAGUCUUGCGUCCAUUUCAUUCGGAGCCCUGGCCCGCGCUCAAGCCUCACAACCGUCCGCAGGACGAUCAAAGAAAGGGAAUAGCGACAACGAGGACGAAGACCAGCGACCCGCAGAGCACAAAAGACCGACGUUCAAGUCUGCCAAAGACCUAAAGCGAUCCUCAAAGCAUGCCCCGCAGGAGCAGACCUCGAAGCGACCCGUCUCCCGGUUCCGAGAGAUCAUCACCGAGAACAAGCGCGCCCCAGCACGCGAUCCGCGCUUUGACACCAUGUCCUCUGGGCGCAUGGAUGAAGCAAAGGCUGCCAAGGCGUACGCCUUUCUAGACGAGUACCGCGAUUCCGAGCUCGCGGAUCUCAAGGUGCAGCUCAAGAAAACAAAGGAUCCAGACGAGAAGGAGGAUCUGAAGCGGCAGAUUAUGUCAAUGGAGUCGAGACGCAAGGCGCGAAAGAAGAAACAGGAAGAAGAGCAAUUGCUGGUUGAGCACCGGAAACGGGAGAAGGAUCUCGUGGCGCAGGGCAAGACGCCCUUCUACUUGAAGAAGAGCGAGCAGAAGAAACAGGUGCUGACCAAGCGCUUCGAGGGCAUGAGCAAGGGUCAGGUCGACAAGGCUAUUGAGCGCAAGAGGAAGAAGGUCGCCGGCAAGGAAAAGAAGGAGCUGGACUUUAUGCAGCGUCGUGGGUGA